UGGACAUGUUGGAAAGGACAAACAUCUCAGCUUAUAGGGAAUCACUUUUCUCUGUAAAUAACACCAUUUUCAAUGAUUUACACUCCUUCUUUAUCACCACCGCAUUUGGCAUCAAUAUGGUCCUUGGUCUUCCAGCAAAUUGUUACAUCCUGUGGCUGAGCAUGAAAGAGAUGAUUCAAGGACAGUCCACCAAAAUCUUUAAUGUCAAUGGAGCACUUGCUGAAAUCUUCUUCUGUUUUGCUGUUUGUUUUGCCAUAGCAGAAUAUUUCUUUGACUGCAUUGAUUGUAGGCUACCAUUGGUCUUUCUUGGACAGUUGGUGCUGCUUGGUCGUCCUCUGUUUCUGAGCUGCAUCUGUGUGGAGCGCUAUGUAGGGGUCAUCCAUCCUCUGAUCUUCCUGAAGCUCAAACCAAUGAAAUACAGGAUUGCUUUAUGCGCCGUUGGAUGGAUUUUUAUUAUUAGCUCAUCUGUAAUCGGUACAACAGGUGCCAUUCGACAUUACAACUUAAUUUUGCCAGAAUUACUCUUCUUCUUCUUUGUAAAACUGUACAGCUGCUUGAUGGUCCUGAAGGCUCUGAUGCGUCCUGGACCUGUCUGAAUGCUCAAUUGGGCCAUAUUCAAAUCUUAGUAAAUUUUUGGGGUCUUAUUCCUCACCCAUCAAACUGUGGACCAGGCUGACCAGCAAUGAGAC